CCUGAUAUGUGUCCCGUCAGAGCCUCGUCUGCCCUCCGGUGCCCUCCGGUGCCUUCAGGAAGUAGCACACCGACCCCCUCCGCCUAUUGUUGAUCCACCCUGCCGGGAACAGAGAACCGUUCUGACCGAAACGUGGGAAUCCCUUUUGGUUGUUGUUGUAUUUCAACGUUUUAUCGCCACUCGUAUGCUGUGACUUUCAAUAGUUUAGAAUUACAUCGACACAAGUAUCGAAGCUGUAACUCUCUCAAAGGGAGUGAGGUUGUUUGGGAAAGAGGAAACUUUUUUCCAUCCCUGAACGAAUUUCCAUUCCUCCAUUUUGAGGCGUUUUGUUUUUUGGAGCUGGAAAAAGUUUAAGUGUAUUGUCUUUCGAUACCAAGUGAACAUGACAGCCAUAAACACAGCCAACAUAAACUUCAAAUGGGAUCCAAAGAGCCUGGAGAUCCGUACCCUGGCUGUGGAGCGGCUGCUGGAGCCCUUGGUCACACAGGUCACGACCCUGGUUAACUCCAGCAACAAGGGGCCGUCCAAUAAGAAGAAGGGUCGCUCUAAGAAGGCCCAUGUAUUGGCUGCCUCGGUGGAAACCGCUACCUUGAACUUCCUGGAUAAAGGAGAGAAGAUCGCGAAGGAGAGCCAGUUUCUCAAGGACGAGCUCACUGCUGCCGUGGAGGAUGUACGCAAGCAAGGUGAAUCCAUGAAGCAGGCAUCAGGAGAGUUUGCAGAGGACCCCUGUUCCUCGGUAAAGAGGGGUAACAUGGUCCGUGCAGCCAGGGCCCUCCUCUCUGCCGUCACUCACCUGCUGGUUCUGGCCGACAUGUCUGAUGUCUACAAGCUGCUGCUGCAACUCAAACUGGUGGAGGAGAACCUGAUGAAGGUGCGUAACGCUGGAACAGAGCAGGACCUGGGCAUACAGUACAAGGCCCUGAAACCAGAGGUGGAUAAACUCAACAUGAUGGCUGCCAAGAGACAGCAGGAGUUGAAGGAUGUUCACCAUAAGGAUCGGAUGGCGGCUGCCCGCGGUGUUCUCCAGAGGAACAUCCCCAUGCUCUACACUGCCUCCCGCGCCUGCCUUCAACACCCUGACCUGGCCGCAUACAAGGCGAACCGUGAUCUGAUCUACAAGCAGCUUCAGCAUGCAGUCUCAGGCAUCUCUAAUGCUGCCCAGGCUACCGCCUCGGAUGAUGCUGCCUUCAACCACCCUGCUGGCGGAGGAGAGCUGGCCUACGCUCUCAACAACUUUGAUAAGCAGAUCAUCGUGGACCCCUUGGCGUUUAGCGAGGAGCGUUUCCGCCCGUCUCUGGAGGAGCGCUUGGAGAGCAUCAUCAGUGGCGCCGCCCUCAUGGCCGACUCGUCCUGUACCCGCGAUGACCGGCGCGAGCGCAUCGUGGCCGAGUGCAACUCUGUCCGUCAGGCUCUGCAGGACCUGCUGUCUGAGUACAUGGGCAAUGUAAGUGUCCAUCUUCUCUCUCCCGGGCUUGUCCUCGACACAGUUUUCUCAUCGAGGCAGUGGAAGUCUCAUCACGUUCACACAGUUGCUGUUUCACCCCUCCACUAUCUUUUUUCUCCUGCUAUUGUCUGACUCUUCACACCCCUC